CCAGAACUUAGUCCUAACAACCCUUACACUCAAGUUCAGGCUGAACCUAACUCACAACCUACAAUCCCAAAAGAGAAAGAUGCUACUUCUGCAAUGGAAAUGGUUGCUGAAGAAGAAAACCUUUCAAAACAAAAUUGCCCUGCUGAAAAAGCAAAAGAUAAUCCCUUAGAUCUGAAUCAAAAAACAAACAUCCCAUCUUCUAACUCAGAAUCUUUGGAACCAGAAAGUGAAUCUGUAACAAAUGAUAUACAGAAGAACAGGAAAAGGAAAAAUAAGAAAGAAAUAAAGAAAAAUGUUACUAAAAUAACAGAGGUAGCAACUACUGGACCUGGCUCCUCUUCUUACUAG